AUGACCAAAACAUUCUCAAUGAAAACUUUACAAACAUAUUGGAACCACAAGAACCCCAUGUUACGUGCAAGAGACCCGCACCUGAAUCUGCAUGCCUUUCAUCACCACUAUCCCCCAAACCUUGUCUCUCCAAUAUGGAAACUCCCAAUAUCCCACAAGCCACAAAAAAAUCCACUAAGGAAAAAAACACAAAAAAAACCAAAAUCCGAUCUAGAUCUUCCUCCACAUGGAGUAUUACAGAUAGACUAG